AUGGUUGAUCUGAGACCGAUCAGUUUGUGUACGGUCGUGUACAAAGUUAUAUCCAGGGUCCUAGUCGCUCGUCUGAAACCGUGGUUGGACAAGGUGGUGUCACCUACACAAUCGGCUUUCGUUCCAGAAAGAUUGAUCUCUGAUAACAUCAUUAUAGCGCAUGAGGUGGUUCAUGGAUUACGCACUCAUAGAGUGAUCUCAAAGGAGUUCAUCGCAAUCAAAACGGACAUGUCGAAAGCAUAUGAUCGUAUAGAAUGGAGGUAUAUGGAGAAACUCUUGACGGUUAUGGGUUUUGAGAAAAAUUUUGUGGACUGGAUUAUGUAUUGCGUGACCUCUGUCACCUACUCGGUUUUGAUUAACGGAGAGGAGAAAGGAAGCAUAACUCCAAAGAGAGGUUUAAGACAGGGGGAUCCUCUAUCUCCCUUCCUAUUCGAUCUGUGCACUGAAGGCUUGUCUCAUCUCCUGAAUAAAGCCGAGAGUAUUGGAGCCAUUGAAGGGAUCAAGUUUUCUGAAGAGGGUCCUGCGAUUCACCAUUUGCUUUUCGCGGAUGACUCUCUGUUAAUGGUGAAAGCGACUGAUGAGCAAUGUACAGAGAUUCGUAAGAUCUUGAGAGUGUAUGAGGAGAACUCUGGACAGAUGAUCAGCCUUGCUAAAUCGUCCAUUACUUUCGGUGGAAGGAUUGAGAUGUCCAGGAAGGUAAAGAUAAAAGAAAUUCUUGGUAUAGAGCCUGAAGGAGGUACUGGAAAAUACUUAGGUUUACCAGAAUGUUUCAGUGGCUCUAAGGUGGAGAUGUUACACUACAUUCAGGAGAAGAUGAAAUCCCGUUUUCAUGGGUGGUACGGUAGGUUCCUAUCUGCUGGGGGAAAAGAUAUUUUGCUAAAAACUGUGGCGAUGGCAAUGCCAGUCUUUGCAAUGUCGGUGUUCAACUCCCAAAGACCACUUGAGGGUAAGUCCAAGAUUCACUGGUUGGCCUGGGAGAAGCUAGUCUUGGGGAAGGAUCAAGGAGGGAUGGGUUUUAGAGAUAUUGAAAAUUUUAAUCAAGCUUUGCUUGCGAAACAAGGCUGGCGGCUACUGAUGCAUCCUGAUUCUCUAUGUGCACAAGUCCUUCGUAGUAGAUACUACCCAAACGGGUCUUUUAUGAAGGCAUCUAUGGGGUCAAGGCCAUCUUACGCGUGGAGGAGUAUAUUAUUUGGCCAACAGUUGUUGGUGAAAGGGCUGAGAAGGACCAUUGGCUCAGGACAGGAUACUUAUGUGUGGUUAGAUAAACGGCUUUUCAGAGAUUCUCCAGUAGCUCCCCUACGUAAGCCUAUUUUGUUUGAUGUGGAUUUAAAGGUCUCUGAUCUUAUUAACCCUCAAACUAAGUUCUGGGACAGGGGAAAAUUGGAGGAGAAUUUUUUCCCACCUGAUAUUGAACUGAUUUUAAAACAGAAGCCAGUUCUGGAAGAAGUUGAUGACUAUGAAUGGGUUCAUACUCAUUGGGGAGGGUACACUGUAAAGUCGGGGUAUUGGUUGGUUUCGCGACUAGAGUAUUCUGAUGUUCAAAAGGAAUGUCUCGCGCAACCUUCAAACCAUGGUCUGCUUGGGAAGGUUUGGAAGGUGAAAACAGCCCCAAAGAUCAGGAUAUUUAUGUGGAAAUCCCUCUCAAAUGCACUUGUUGUAAAUGAUGGUAAGGAGUACUCGGCGAUUGAUACGGUGGCAAAAGUUGUUGAGGAUUCAAGUCACUGGUUUGAGGCUCAGAAAGGUAGGGAUGAAGAGGUGGAAUCGGAAAACAGAGAGAUGAGGGCUAGAGACAGGUGGGAGGCACCAAAAGCAGAAUCCAUGCGAAGUCAUCAUGUGGAAAAGGUUAUCUUCGAAGUAGAGUCUGCGGAUUUGUUUGGUGCGGUUACCAAGCCCAAGGCUUGGCCUGCUUACAGAUACCAAGGGACGGAACUGAGGAAAGCUUUGGUGGGUGUUCAGGGGUGGGACUUCUCGGUCGUUAGCGCGAAGUCAAACAGAUGUGCACAUGCUAUUGCACAAAGUGUGACGAAGGAGAAGAGGCACCAGUCCUAUGUUGCGAUGGGUAACCCACAAUGGUUGAGGGAUCUUUUUGAAGCUGACAGACAAAGGCUAGGUUAA